AUGGCUUAUGAGAAAGAAAAGGGGGGCGACGGACUUGGUUAUCAAACGGAGCACCACGUUUCGGGCAACAAUGCCGAGCUGACGCUGCAGACUGUUGCCACAGCGAACCAAUACCUGACUACCACAAUUCAACACCCAGGUUUCCUCCGUCGGCACUGGAAAAGCUCCGCAGCUAUGCAAGCAAGCCUCUUUACGGUCGUUGCACCACUGCAAGUAUUCGCUCAGGUUACUCUUUUCUUAGCUUUGGCCAAGCAGCAUGAAGAGGAGCUCUCUUGUGCCGAUGGCCGGGCCAGUGAUGACCCACCGUCGGCAACUGCCUCCGACUCCAAGCCACCUUCAAGCCAGUCACAUAUGGCUUUAAGCGUCCAUAUGCUCAGAAUUUCAGACCUGGAGUUGGACUGUCCAAUAUGCAGAUCAUUUGAGCUCUGGACCAGGAACAUCAAAUCUGAAAAGAAUUCAUAG